AUGGGUCUCGAAACGCAACACACCCAAUGGCCAUUGACGCCCUUCCCAGACGACAUCAAGGACUUCAUAACACGAUUCUACGAAAUCGCCGAUGACUUCAGCGAAGCAGCAACCCACACCGUGGACUAUCUGUUCCUUCCCGACGCCCAAGUGACGCUCGGGGACCAAACUUUCAAAGGCUUCGAUCAGCUAGAACAAGCCAGAAGUGCUCCCUUCCCGCUACUGGAAAGCGUCUUUCAUGAGAUCAAGGGCGUGUACAGCAGGAACGAGGUCGGGGAUGAUUUGCUGCUGUAUGGGCGGGUGACCUGGGUAUAUAAGAAAGGGGGAGAGCGAAGUGCGGAUUUUGCGUCGAAGUUGGAUCUGGUCAACGGGGAGGAUGGGUGGAGGCUGCGGUCGUAUCAGGCAUUUGCUGACCUUUCGCAGCUGAUUGCGGGUUUGUCGGAGUAG